UCGCGUCGUCGUGGGACCGAGCGGCGACACGCACGCAGGCUCGCGCCGUGCGCACAUGUCGUUCGCCUGUCGAUGUUAUAGUGGCACACGUCUAUCGACACGUGCACGCGCCACGAUCACGUACGGUGACAGUGAGUGACGCGCACGCACACAAUGACGUGAUGGGAGGUGUGCGCGCGUGCUGGGACGUGUGUGUGUGAGGCUCGCACGCUUGUCAGUGACUUCUUUGAAAUCCUCACACUGCUGGUGGAUCACUUCCGGUUUGAGACUUAAGCAUGGCACUAUGGAGAGGGAGCGGUCGGCCCCUCACAGAGUGACCGUGCCUUUUGCCAACGCUUGGGAAGGACAACGAGAGCAGUCGUCGGACGUUGCCGUGGUGGUGUGAUGUGAUGGCGACACGCCGACAUGGAGCGGGACUUCACCUAGUCACCCUUUGACCUUCAUUAACGUGCAUUGGAGGCCGCACUCACAAAAGCUCCCAACAUGGCCGCCGGCGGAAGGACACACCGAGUGCGAGACUUCAACCGUUUCAUCACCUGCUACCUUUGCGGGGGUUACCUCAUCAAACCCACCACCGUCACCGAGUGCCUGCACACCUUUUGUAAGAGUUGCAUUGUACAGCACUUUGAAGAGAGCAACGACUGUCCCAAAUGUGGCAUCCAGGUCCACGAGACAAACCCCCUGGAGAUGCUCAGGUUGGACAACACUCUGGAGGAGAUCAUCUUCAAGUUGGUUCCGGGCCUCCGAGAGCAGGAGGAGGAGCGGGAGCUGGCAUUCUGGAGGAACACCCAGUGCAGCCAGAACCUCACAGGUGUGUGUCUGUGUGGGGGGGAUACCAGGCAACGACGUGCUCAUGAGGCGAACCACUCAUCGCUUGUUGGAAAGAGGACGUUAGGAAAAUGUUUCUUUGUGGCAGCCGAUGCAGGGACGGGGCUUCCUGAUGUGACCGUUGCCGCCGCCGCCACCGACUACCACAGGAGCGACCCUCAGAUUGCCAUCUGUCUGGACUGCCUGCACAACUCGGGCCGGGCCAGCGAAACCAGCGUCACGGACCUGAUGAAGAAAUUCAUCCGCUGCUCCAGUCGCGUGACGGUGGGCACCAUCAAGAAGUUCCUCAGCCUCAAACUCAAACUGCCCAGCUCCUACGAGCUGGACGUGCUGUGCAAUGGCGAGAUCAUGGGCCGAGACCACACCAUGGAGUUCAUCUACAUGACCAGAUGGAGGCUGCGGGCCGACAACACGUAUCCCAUGGUCCUGGAGUACCGACCGCGCAUCGACUUUGGAUGACGCGCAUGCUUACAGGGUGGAGUGAAGAUAUUUUUGUAGCGUUCACACACAAUGAAGAGUUUUUAUGCUCCAUAAAAAUUAUGAUACAAAUAAUAUAUAUGUAGGCGUGUGUGCGGACAUUUUGUGCCUCAAACUUUGCUGAUUAAAUGUUUUUACUGUCGCUUGAUCGCU